GUGUGAUUUUUGAAAGAAUAAAAAAAAAGAACAGUGUAUGGAUUAUAAUUUAUAUUCAGUGAAGAUUUUCUCAAAUGUUUGUGCGAAUUUUUUGAGGACAGAAGAAAAAUUAUUGCUUUCUUUGGGAAUUGGAAUAACAGGCGAAAAAAGGGACUUUUCAAUUUUGGUGUUUGCCUCGUCAAAUGGAAUAUAAAGAAUUUGGAUCAGAAAGUCCAAAGAGGAUUCUAAAUCGCAAUUUGUAACAAUCAAUGGAAUUCUCAGGAAGUGUCUGAGAAUUACGUUGAAUCAUAAGCAAAUCGUUGGAAAAGAGAGAGAUCUCCGGGCAAAAGAAUGGAGCGUCUCAGGAGAAGUUUUCGGGAGAGUUUUCGAAGAAGGAAAGAUCCACAUGUUCCGGAAUCGAGUAAACCGCAUCAGUGGCAAGCUGAUGAAAGUGCCGUUAGAUCGGCAACUUGUCAAUUUCACGUUAAGUACUUAGGUUGCGUUGAAGUUUUCGAAUCGAGGGGAAUGCAGGUUUGCGAGGAAGCCCUGAAGGUUCUUAGGAAUUCGAGACGGAAACCCAUCAGGGCCACCCUACACGUUUCCGGCGACGGUUUAAGGGUAGUCGAGGAUGAAACAAAGGGUUUACUUGUCGAUCAAACGAUAGAAAAAGUCUCAUUUUGUGCUCCAGAUCGAAAUCACGAAAAGGGUUUCAGUUAUAUUUGUCGAGAUGGCACCACACGACGGUGGAUGUGUCACGGGUUUCUUGCUCUAAAAGAGUCGGGUGAAAGACUGAGUCACGCAGUGGGAUGUGCAUUCGCUGCAUGCUUAGAAAGGAAACAACGUCGAGACAAAGAAUGUGGAGUUACAAUGACCUUCGACUCUAAGACGUCGACUUUUACAAGAAGUGGCAGCUUCAGGCAACCGAGCCUUACCGAAAGGCUACAGGACUCACGAGAACGUGCCGUUGACGUUCCUCCAGUGAAGCCUGUCUACAAUCCAUUUGCAAUUGAAAGGCCCCACGCGACGCCAUCAAUGCUGGAAAGACAAGGAUCAUUUCGUGGAUUUAAUCAAUUAAAUCAAGCCUCACCAUUUAAACGACAGCUCAGUUUACGUAUUAAUGAUCUUCCUAGCAAUUUAGAACGCACGCGAAGUCACAGUUUAGAACCCACGGAUCUCUCUCGAAUGCCAGCAUUGUCGCAUCUUUUACCUCUAAAACCACCGGUGAGCCCCAUACCGGAGAUAUCGCCGAGUGGCCAUGAAAGUUUGUCAGCCAUGUGUCAACAAGUCACACAAGGUCUUAGUCUUUUAUCGAGUAAUGAUGAUUUUGGACCAACGACUAUGAUUGCUGUGACGAGUACGGUUGCGAAACAACUCUUCACAAGCACCACGACUUCAACGCUUCAAGUAACGAAUAGCAAUUCACUCGACGAUAUAAAACUACAAAAUGGUUCAGAGCAAAAUUAUGACAUUACAACACAACAUGAAUUGUCAUCAUCGCCAAUUCUGGCGACAAACAAUAGACUCACGCCAAUAUUAAAUAGAAGUUGUAAUUUGAGUCCAGUUUUAACGAGGACAGGUGUCUCGUCAUCAUCAGUUGUUAUGAGUUCACCAGCGCCAAUUACCGGCAGUACAUCAGUAUUUGGUACAUCGGCAGCAAGUCCCGCAUUCAGUACAGCGUCAACAUCGUCAUUAAGUAGCGGUGCACCACUACCACCACCAUCGUCAUCAUCAUUAUUAAACAGAUCUCCAGUUCCUGUGAAUCCAAUCACAGCAUCUGUGACGAGUUCACCGAAUGCCAGUGUCACUUCAGUGUCGUCAGCGCAAUCGUCAAAUGCCUGCGAAGUGAGUCAAAUCACCACCAUGGCCAAUCAGUCUCUAGCGAAUGUGGAACCAGUCCAGGCGUCUGGUGAAUUACCAAAACCAGAACAAUGGUUGGGCAGUGUAACGGGGUCAGUUCCCCCACCAACAGUGCAAUCGGUGCCGCCGGUACCAUCGAGUCCAAGGCGGGCUCCGCCCCUUCAUUCCCGCGCUCUCUCAUUGGGCAGUCAACCGUCGCCACGCGGUCCCUCAGACCCAUUUGACGCCGAAUGGGCAGAAAUUGCGGCGCGCAAUCUUCGUCAGGCCGCACAAACAAAUCCAUUUAUAAUGCCCAAUGCAACGCAAGCCUUCCAGGUGCAAUUAUAGCGUCAGGAGUUUGUCAACAGUAUAGCCAACUUUUAUCGAACAAAUACACAAUGACGUGUCACGUUUAAUUCAACAAAUCACAAUGGCAAGUCAAGUGAGAAUUAAUUUCUUUUCUUUUACUUCUAAAAAAUCAUAAUUUCAUUUUUAUUAAAUGAAAAAAAAACUGUUAUUUAAUUUAGAAAACAAAAAUUGUCUUUUAAUUCCAAAAAAAU